AUGAGUUAUGAUAGAGAAUCAUCUACUCUGAGAAAAGAAACAUAUAAUUUAAUAGGUUAAUAAGCGACAUCACUAUAUGGAAUACCUAAUAAUGAUGAUAUAUUUUUAGACAACAAUGAAAUUAAUUCUAUUAAUUACGUGUAAAAAAUAAAUGGAAAUAUAAGCAACAGUUUAGCUAACCCUCCUUAUGGGAUUUUAACUCAGUAAAUUAUUCAAUAGUCAAAUAAUAAGCCUACUUUGAUAAGUAAUUAAUUAUCUUACGAAGAUGAUGGUUUAUUAGAGAAAACUAAUAUGAACUACUAUAAUCACCAUAUCAACAAUAUAGGGAAUUUAAAUUAGCGAAACAACUAUUAGUAGCAUAGCAAUUUUUAAGCACCCCUUUUUCAAUCUUCCAACAUUAAUCCCAAUAAUAGUAAUACAACUUAGAAUUAAGGUAGUAUGUAGUUUAACACAAAUGCUGCAAAUACUAAUAAUAGUAUGAUUGUUUAGGGAUAAAAUUAGAAUUUACAGUAGCACCAAGUAGGUAAUAAUCAUUUGCUAAUGAGUUACAACAAUAAUAAUAUAGGUUUCAAUUAUAGUGAUAUGAUUGAUUAGUACUAAAAUUAUGAAGAAAUUAAAAAUGGUAAUGAUGAAGAGUAUUGCCUAAACAGUUAAAAUACAAGUUCAUAAGAAGAGGGAAAUAAAUAAGAUUAAAAUAACAACAAUCCUGAUAACAAUAACAAUGCUAAUGAAAAUGGAAGUGAAAAAUAGUAUAUUUGCGAAUAUGAAGAGUGUAAAAAAAUUUUCAAGGCUAAAAAAUCUCUAAGAGAUCAUAUUCGUAUCCAUACAAAUUAGCGCCCUUAUUCUUGUGUAGAGCCCAACUGCGGCAAAUCUUUUGUACAAUACAGUAGUUUGUAGAAGCAUUCAAGAACACAUAAAGGCGAUCGCCCAUAUAAGUGCGACUAUUUUGAAUGCGAUUAGGCUUUUACACAGGUUUCAAACUUAAAGAGACACCAAAAAAUACAUCUGAACGAUAAACCCUACGAGUGUAAUUAGUGCCUAAGAAAAUUUACAACAUCAUCCAACUUAAAAUAGCAUCAGAUAACACAUGAAAGUCAGAAAGAAAGACAAAGGUUCAAAUGCCAAAUAGAUGAAUGUGGUAAAAGUUAUCUUUAUUCUAGCAGCUUAAAAAAACAUGAGAAAGAACAUAUACUGAACUAAAAUCCAAAAGGCCUUCAUCGGAUAAAUAUGGUUAGAUAAGUGAAUUAAAACUGUGAAAUGCACGGGUAAAAACCAACAUAAUAAUAAAAGGUAGAUAAUAACAUUUAUAGUGAAAAUGGGUUUGAUGAAGAAGAAGAAGAUGAAGAGGAAUUAAUGAAUUAAGAGUAGGAAGAGUUGGAAGAGAGAGAUGAAGAUGAAGAAGAAUUCGAUGAAAUUGAUGAAUAAAAUGAACUUAAUUAAAAGAAAAGUAAAGAUGCUACAAAAAGAGAAAAUUCUGGAGAAAAUAAACAAUAACAUUUAUCUCAUUUGUCUGGAGACUCAAGUAAUUCACAAGGAUAAAUGUAAAAAUAUAAAAAAAAGAAUAUAACAGCUUAAUAGGCUUUAGAUAAUUAAUAAUAUAAUAACUAACAAUAAAUCAAACCUGCUCAUAUAUAAUAAAAUUAAUCAAGAAUAAAUACAGAAGAAAUGGAUAUGUUAAAUCAAUUCUUUUACUCUCAUCAUAUUGCACUCUAGCAUGAUGGUCAUUAUGAUGUGCUAUUUAAAGGAUAUCUCUACCAUUACAAUAAAAAAACAGGAAAAAUAGAAAUUCAUGAUAUAUAGGCUCAAGAUGAAAUUAAGAAAGGAACUUGCCAACCUUUAAGUGAAUUAACUCAUAAUACAUAUGAUGAUGUGUAAAAAAAAAUUAAUGAACUUGAAUAUAGAUUUAGAGAUUAAGACAUUUUAUCUUAAGCUUGUAAUCCCCUUUCUUGUUAAUGUGGAAUAAAUGGUUCAAAAGGCUGUUGCUCUUCAGAAGGAAAAGCUAGCUGCUAAUGUGCUUCAAGUGGAUGUAAUAACUAAGACUCUAUUUAAAAUAAAGUAUAAAUAUCUGAAGGGUGCUGUUCUUCAAAUAAUAGUAAAUAGUAAUAAGAAUAAAAGUAAAGUUAAAUAAAAAAUGAAAGAUAAUAAACUAUCUAGUAAGAUAAAUGUGAUGCAGAGUAAAAUAAUUUAAUUUGCUGCAAUGAACCAGAGUGUGCAGCAGAUAAUGUUGUUUUAGUAACAGGAAAUAUUGAAAAACCUGUUUGUUGUGUUAAAUCUGAUGAAAGAUUUGAAAUAAAAAGUAAACCAAUCAAAGAGUGUGUCUGUUCUUCAAAGUAAAAUAAAAAUUCAUAACAGCCUUCUUUGAAUGAAGAGGUUGCUGUAAAUCAAAGCCAACAAGGUUAAUAAGUUAAAGAUGAAGAUUAAUGUUGUUGCACAAUUGACGAAGUAAAAGUAGAGUGUACUUGUAUAGGUUGCGAUGAAGAUUGCUCCUCAUGCUCUAAAUCCACUAAGUGCAUUUAUAAAAUAUAGUAUCCUUAAGAAUAAAGUAACAAAAUUAUACCUGAAGAAUAGAUUUAGCAAAAGGCUUAAAACCCUCAAUAAGAACAAAGUUAAUUAAAUGAAUAAAAUAGUUAUGACUAAAGAAAUUAUUAACCAGAUUAAUAUAUAGAAUAAUAAUAAUAACAUCAUCACCAUCAAACUUAUAUUCAAGCAUAAAUAAAUGCUAAUUUAUACGAAAUAAAUGAACCAAAAGAUUAUCAAAAUGAUAAAAAGUAACCUAAGUGUAUUUGCAAUGAAACAAAAGAUCUUAAACAUUCUCAUGGACCGAAUUGUGGUCAUAUACCAAUAUAUCACCACGGUCAUUUAGAUUAUAUUGUAGAAAACUAGCUUCACCACCCCCAUGGCUCUCAUUGUGAUUUUCAUGGUACAGUAAAUAUAUUAGAAAAUUGUGUGAAAAUUUGA